UCUCAGCACUGGUUGCUCGGCGUGUUUUGCUUUUUUGCGUCAAGAGACAACAAAUAAUCAAAACAACGGGGGGAUUUCUUAGGAUUAUACGAAGUUUCAGAUACUUUCACCUCCCGAGGUCCAGGAUUAUUCCAGCCAUGGGUGACAGCGAGAAAAAGGUGGAGAAACCGACGACGACGGCCUCGAAUUCCUCAUCCAGUGACGAAGAGGAGGGCAAAGACCCCACAAUGGAUGUGAUUCGUCGCUUCUUUGCAAACACUCUGAAUCUGGGUGGCUCCACGGACGCAAAGACAGACCUCAAAGUGGAGAAGGUAAUACCAGACUUGUCGUUCGAGGGCUUUGCCGAGCAUUGGCGAAAGCAUGGCUUCAGAAAGAUUGUGACCAUGGUGGGAGCCGGCAUAUCCACAUCUGCUGGCAUCCCGGACUUUCGGUCGCCGGGUUCCGGGCUAUAUAGCAACCUAAAGAAGUACAAGCUCCCCCAUCCCACGGCCAUUUUUGAUCUGGAUUACUUUGAAAAGAACCCUGCUCCGUUCUUUGCCCUCGCGAAGGAGCUGUACCCGGGCUCCUUUAUUCCCACGCCGGCCCACUACUUUGUCCGUUUGCUGCACGACAAGGGUCUGCUGCAGCGACACUACACCCAGAACAUAGACACCUUGGAUCGUCUUACGGGUCUGCCCGAGGAGAAGAUCAUCGAGGCACACGGCAGCUUCCACACCAACCAUUGCAUAAAGUGCCGCAGGGAGUACGACAUGGCUUGGAUGAAGGCGGAGAUAUUUGCCGAUCGUCUGCCCAAGUGCAAGCAAUGCAAGGGCGUUGUCAAGCCGGACAUUGUCUUCUUUGGCGAGAACUUGCCGGAGAGGUUUUACACCAGUCCCGAUGAGGAUUUCCAGGACUGCGAUCUUUUGAUUAUAAUGGGCACCUCGCUGGAGGUGCAGCCGUUUGCUUCUCUCGUCCAAAGACCGGGACCACGUUGCCUGCGCCUACUGAUCAAUCGCGAUGCAGUGGGUCAGGCCAGCUUCGUACCCUGGAUGGAUCCCCAUGAGCGGUCGCUGCUUUUCGAUAGGCCCAACAACACGAGGGAUGUGGCCUACUUGGGCGACUGCGAUGCGGGUGUCAUGGCUCUGGCCAAAGCUCUGGGCUGGGAGGAUGAGCUGCAUCAGCUCAUUACCAGUGAAACGGAAAAGCUGAACGCCGGCCAGGAAAGCGAUGAGCAGGACAAAGAAAAACCGCAUUCGGACCCCGUUGAUCAGGCUUCCGGCUGUCAGGCCAAAAAGGACGCUUCACUUUAGACCCUGAGAUUAGUUAGAACGACUCGUAGUUAAUUUUUAGUUAAAGUGUGCAAUUUGUUUACAUGUAUUACCUGUAUAAAACUGACAAUGCCAUGUGCAGGCAUUGCUGGCUAA